AUGGCAGCUCCCGUGAACAGUGUGGGUAAAACCUCAGCUGACCGUUUACAGGUUAAUUGUACGAGCUUUCAGAAGAAAACAAGGAGUAAAUUGAUCUCCAUACCCGGGACGAGACCUUCGGUCCAAAACGGACAGCUCUUAGUUUCAACCGGUGUCACGUCGCUGGACUACCUGCUCGGUGGUGGAUUAGCAGUUGGUACAGUGCUUCUCAUUGAGGAGGACCGAUUUGACAGCUACUCCCGCAUGAUCUUGAAGUACUUUCUGGCAGAAGGAGUGGUGUGUCGGCAUGAACUCUUUGUGGCAACAGCUCAAGAUAACCCUGAUGAAAUCCUACAGGAGCUUCCAGCCCCUAUCUUGGAUGAUGUUGCUGUUCCCAAACCUGUGGAGCAGCCCAGACUGACUGGUGAACCCCAGGACAGUUUGGAUGCCAUGAAGAUUGCCUGGAGGUAUCAGAACCUGCCGAAAGUACAGAGUGCUUUGGCAUCUUCCUCUCGAUUCGGGCACUACUAUGAUGUCUCAAAGACGAUGGAGGCAGAGAUACGCCAAGCAGCCAAGUGCCACCGCUUCUACCUUCCGGAUCACAUCACCCCGUCAUCAGCAGCACACAGGGUUGAGUCCUACUCUGCCUUACUGAAAUCACUGCAAGAGGUCAUACACAGAGAGGGCUUUGAUUUGGCGACCCCCAUGUCAAAGUCACGUAACAUCCUGCGCGUGGGGCUUCACUCUCUGGGUUCGGCUCUGUGGGGGGACGACCUGUGUUGCCAUGACAAACCUAGAUACAGCCACGCCCUGACUACCUUUCUGUAUGGACUCCGUGCGUUGUUGAGGUCAUCGCUUUCGGUUGCUGUAGUAACCUUACCUUCACAUCUCAUCCAGGACAGAACUCUAAUGGGCAACAUAACCCGGCUGUGUGACAAUGCCAUCGCCCUGGAAUCAUUCAAAGGCUCUGAGAGAGAGACCAACCCUCUCUACAAAGACUACCACGGCCUGCUGUAUGUGCGCCAAGUACCUCACCUGAACUGUCUGGCGAGGCAACUCCCUGACCACAAGGAUCUGGCCUUUAAGCUCAAGAGAAAACAGUUUUCUAUUGAGCGACUGCAUUUGCCUCCGGACUUGUCCGAGACGGUGAGUCGUGUCAGCAGGGGGGAGCCUGUCGGAGUGGCUUCUGCCUGUGGCUCCGGCGCUUCCGGCACCAAAAACCUGGAUUUCUGACAGGAAACCAGAGACUGAAUCACUGUUGCCGUUGCCCUCUUUGCUGCAGCAACCAGGGUGUUGCCUCAUUCAGGUGAUGUCAACUGCGAUGAAGCAGCCAGCCGUUACCACAUGCCAACCAGGCCAGUCAGAGGUGAAGAUCUGAACGUCCACAACACCUCUGCUCAUAGCGAACACAUUUAUUGUUUGCAUUUAAUCUUUUUACGCAAAUGUAUUAAGUUGUCAUGAUUUUGUCCGCACGUUAAAUAGUAAUCAUCUAGAAUGUCAUAAAAAAUUCCAGUACAAGACAAAGUUUGUUUCUUUUUACUUUUGUUUCACACAAAAGCUUGUCUCUGCCGCCAGUGUAAUCAUGAAAUAUUUUACAGCCUUUACAGAUUCUCCUUCUUGGGAAACAUUGAAUAAUGUAUCUUUGUUCUUGGCUUUCUUUACAAACAAGAGGCAUCUGCUGUGCUGUUCCACCAUUUAAAUCAGUCUGCAGAUACAACCUAUGUUCUGGGAUAGUGCAAUGUGCUCUUGUGAAAUUAAUUAAAGAAGAGAACAAGCGUACAAAACCCAACACGGUCUCUCUGUUGAAUCUUGGUUCAACUCUGAGGAGCGUCCUGAAUGGCAGCGCUCUGGUCUGCCUGACUGGUUUCAGCUUUAUAUAGAAAUGCUCCAGUUUAAUCCACAGAGACAUUGCUGGUGAGCGGCAUCUACCUCCACUCAGCAGAGCUGAAACAAUAGGAAUGUGGGCAGAGGGGGCGCAGGCUUCACACCUAGUGUGCUGUGUUUGAUGGAUGAGCUGCUUUGAAGAUCAAAUUAGGUCAAACUGUUACAUACAAUUUAAAAAAAAAUCUAUUAAACAUGAAAAAUUC